AUGGAGAUUCUUCACACCUUUCUCCUCAUCCUUGCUGGCCUAUUGCAGUCCGUUGCCCAAGAAGAUCUGGAAAGAAAAGUCUUCAUCUUCCCGGAAUCAUCCAACACCAGCCAUGUGCUUUUGAAGUCCUCCUCACAGCGCUCUCUGACCAGCUUCACCAUCUGCCUGAGGUCCUACACGGACAUGACCCGUGCUCACACCCUCUUCUCUUAUGCGACCAAAACCAGCGACAACGAGAUCGUGCUCUUCAAAUCCAAACCCAACGAAUACAGCCUUUACGUCGGGACUUCGGACGUGCUCUUCAUCUUCCCUGAAAAGCUGGCCUCCAAACCGAGCUGGGAGCACAUUUGCAUGAGUUGGGAGUCCGGCACGGGAUUAGUGGAAUUCUGGUUGGACGGGCAACCGUUGCCCCGAAACGGGAUGAUGAAAGGCCACGUUAUCAGUGCCGAGGCCUCUAUCGUCCUUGGGCAAGAUCAAGACUCUUUUGGAGGUGGCUUUGACAUCAACCAGUCCUUUGUAGGGGAGAUCACGGAUGUGUACGUGUGGGACCGGGUGCUGUCUGGCGAUGAAAUCUGCCUUGUGUGGGGCAACCGAGUUCCUUCCAACCCAGUGAUUAAUUGGAGGGCAUUAAAUUACGACAUCAGAGAUUACAUUGUUCUGAAGCCAUCCCUGUAUUCCUCCUGUAGAGCUGGGUAG